AUGGCGACAGUGCAAUCAUCUGGCCUGUCGAGCCUUUUACGGGGAAGCCUCCGCCCGGAGCCACGGAUCGCUGCGAAGAGCUCUGCCGGUCCGACUCCGUCGUGCCGUAAGAGGCUUGCGGUGUGCAACAUUCGCGCUCGAGCCGACGGUAGAAGCAGGUCCGGAAGAUUUGCCGCUUCCUCCGCAGCAGCCGCAUCCAGCACCUCGCUCAUCCCCGCAGCGGCAGCCCUUGCCUCGGACUCGCCCACACCCGAUACCGUCGCUACCGUCGCAGAUGCGACGGCGGCAGUCGCAGAGGGCGAGGGGCUGGACAUCGGAUUCAGCUCCAACGACCUAGACCUGGGCCUGGAUGCUCCCUCUUCCGCCACCACUGACGCUGCUGCCGAUGCUGCUGCUGAUGUUGCCGCGGAUGCAGCAGAUGCUGUGUCUGCCGCUGCCAAUAGUAUCGCAGUGCCGGACGAGGUGCUUGACCUGCCCACCACCACGGCUCUUCCAGACCUGCCCAAGUUCUCGUAUCCCACCAGGGAUGUCGCCCCUUCUUUUGAGAAACCAGGAUUCAGCAUGCCCGAAUUCAAGAAGCCCGAAUUUACCAUGCCCGAGUUUAAGAAGCCUGAUUUCGAGUUCAGCUUGCCUGAAUUUAAGAAGCCCGAGUUUAGCAUACCAGACUUCCAGAACCGAGAAUUUAGCCUGCCCGAGUUCAAGAAGCCCGAAUUUUCGCUGCCCGAAUUUAAGAAGCCCGAUUUUGCGCUGCCCGAUUUCAAGAAGCCCGAGUUUUCCCUACCCGAAAACCUUUCAGACCUGAAGGCGCCUUCCUUCUCCCUGCCCGAAUUCGCCAAGCCAGAAUUCAACCUGCCCGACUCGUCCGAGCUCCCUCUCCCUAAAACUGACUUCAAGCUGCCCGACCUCCCCACCCCAGAAUUCAACCUGCCCGAGAUCCCGCUUCCAUCCUUCCCCAUCCCGAGCCUCCCCUCGCCCUCGAACCUCCCCGUCCCGAAGCUAACCGUGCCUCGGGCAAUUUCCGAGCCUGUGGAGAACGCGGUGGCGGCGGCGACCGCGUCGGUUGCGGACUCGGCGGCGGCGGCGGCGGCGGUGGCGCAGCGCGAGUACCUGGCGGCGUACUCGGCGCUGCGCGAGACCGUGCCGGCGGACGCGCUGCCGCUGGUGGAGAAGGUGGAGGCGAACCUCGCUUCGCUGUGGGACGCCGCUAGCGGGCUGACUAAAGAGGUGGCAGUGCAGGUGGCGGUGCUAUCAGCAGCGGCGGUGAGGGCAGCGUUUGGGGCGGCGGGUUUUGAUGCGGACGACACUGUCGUGGCCGCCACUCUCAUCGCCACCGGCACGCUGCUGCUCGGAGUGGCGUAUUGGAGGGCGGCGUAUGGAGGGUAUUCGGGCAACCUGUCAGCAGAGGAGGCACUGGAGGUGCUCAAGGAGAGCAAGGCCGUGCUCGUGGACAUCCGCCCUGAGUUCCUGAGGGACGAGAACGGCAUCCCUGACCUGCGCAGGGGCGCACGCUUCAAGGACUGCAGCGUCAAGUUCGAAAAGCUGGGCGGGCCUCUGAGGGGGCAGGUGCGCCGUCCAGACGUGGUGGACCUGCAGCUCAUGGCUGCUAAGAUCAAGGGCGUCAGAGGCGUGCAGAAGGACACGCAGGUGAUAAUAAUGGACGAGAGCGGUGGCAACCUGGCAAAGGAGAUUGCCAGGGGUCUCUCCAGAGUGGGCUUUAAGCGCUCAUUCGUGAUGGACGGGGGCUUUGACUCGUGGGUGGCGAGCGGGCUGCGAGUGAAGCCCAACGAGCCCGAGCGAGCAGCAGACGUGCUCAAGAAGGAGUACGAGGCGUUUGUGGAGGACGUGCAGCCCACGCCCCUUGGAGUGGCCACUGUGGUGCUCGGCACCGGAGUCGGCAUCUUCGCCCUCAUUGAGUGGGAGCGGUCGCUGCAGCUGCUGGGGGUGCUGGCAGUGGUGCAGCUGAUCUACCUGCGCGUCAAGACAUAUGAGACUGAGGAGGACCUUCAGCGGGACGUGCGAGCACUGCUCACGCCCUUCUCUCUCGCAGCAUCAGCAGCGGGGUGGGCCCUCGGCACCUCCUCUUCUGCCUCUGCAGCACCCAAGGCCGCCAAGCAGCUCACAGAUGGGGAGGGUGAAGGAGGGAGCGAGAGCAAGGCGCCUGACGCUUCCAUCAACGGAUCGGCCAGACAGCGGUCAGCCAAGCGCGGGCCGUGCAACGUGUGCGGAACCGAAGACGACGAGGAUGAGGAAGAGGAGCGGCUGUACGACGCAGUGAGUCUCAGCAGCAGCAUCAGCAGCAGCGGCGACGAUGUCAGCAGCGAGGGAGGGUUCAGCCGCGUGAGCAGCACCGGCAGCCUGUCCGGCCUCGAUGACCGUGUACGCGUUAAAGUACAUCCGGGGCGAGUGGACAUCUUUAACGGAGCGGAGCAUCUGCGGCUGCGCGCGGACGGGCUGAUGGAGCUACGGCGCGUCAAGGACGGCGUGCCUGUUCUCAUCACCGCGGGGAGAGUCUCCCUUCCUGACACCUGCCGUGACUAUAUCGAGUCGUGCGAGAUCACCGUGCUGGACGAGUCGAUCGGGGCCGUCCAGCUGAAGUGGAUCAACGGCUCUGCGCUGCGCGUGGUGGCGGCGAACCCUGCGGGCGUGGAGAAGGGCGAUCUGUCGGCGCUGCCGUUCGACCGCGACCACGGCAACCCCGCCUCCGACCCCUCCUGGGCCAAGAAGCUGGCGUGCGGGUUCGUGUGCGAGUUCAGCGUGGCGCAGCACGCGGAGGAGGAGGCGCGCGGAAUGGCGGAGGUGGAGCUGGACAUGCGCACCGCGGGGUACUGGUUCGGCGGGGGGCACUACAUGCGCCAGCACUGGCCGCUCAACCGCGGCCAGUUCGAGAUGGGUCCGUUCUUCCCCUUUGACAACGGGCCAAACGGCACCAACACGCUGCUCGCCCCGCAGUGGAUGACCUCACGUGGGCUGCUCGUGCUGGCCAAUCCGGACACGCCCUUCCUGCACGUGGGGCUGAACGCGCCCCACGUGGGCCCCCACGACGGCUGGAUCCAGCGCUCCUGGGGCACGGGCGUGCAGAACCUGGCGCGGGAGUCGCUGCCAGCGGCGGAGAACGGUACGGGGGACGGCAUGCUGCGCCUGCAGGCGCGGGCGAGCUACCGCACGGUGGAGAUGCUGCACCCGCUCCGCGACUGGAUGCCCGCCAUGUGGAAGGAGGAGCAGGACAAAGACCAGCGCCUGAGUCUCCAGUUCGCCCUGUGCGCCACUGCAAACGUCAAGCAAGCAGCGGAAGCCGCGCUGGAGACCCUCCCGCGCCCGGCGAAUCCCCCGCCGAGGGAGAUGGUGGAUGCACCGAUCUGGACGACGUGGGCGCGGUACCACGCCAACGUGACGCAGGCCAAUGUGGAGCAGUUCGCGCAUGAGAUCGUGGGGCGCGGGCUGUCCCGGUCCGUCAUGGAGAUCGACGACAAGUGGCAGACCAAGUACGGCGACUUUGACUUCGACCCCGUCAAGUUCCCCAACCCCAAGGCUAUGGUGGAGAUGCUGCACGCGUUGGGCUUUAAGGUGACGCUCUGGAUCAUGCCCUUCGUGGAGGAAGCUUCCGCCGCCUACCAGGAAGGAGCACCCAAAGGCUACUUCAUCUCAUCCAGUGCACCGGCCACCAAGGGGCUCAAGCCGGGCUUCUUCAAGUGGUGGCAGCCCGUGCCAGCAGCGGCCCUCGACGUGACCAACCCCGAGGCCGUGGCCUGGUUCGUGGGGCGCCUCAAGCGCCUGCAAGCAGAUUAUCUCAUCGACGGCUUUAAGUUUGACGCGGGGGAGCCGUGCUUCCUGCCGCCGCAUUUCGUUACGCACAAGCCGAUCGUCACCCCGGUGGAAUACACACGGCUGUACGUGCAAGAGGUGGCGUCGCAGUUCAGCUACGCGGAGGUUCGGACCGGGCACAAGACCAGCAGCGUGCCGCUGUUAACCAGAAUGGGCGAUCGGUUUUCCACGUGGAGCACGGGGAACGGGCUAAGGAGCGUGAUUCCCACGCUGCUCACGUCGGGGAUACUGGGGUACCCGUUCUGUUUACCCGACAUGGUGGGGGGCAACGCGUACUUUGGCAACAAGCCAGACGUGGAGCUGCUGGUGCGGUGGGCGCAGGCGAACGCGCUCAUGCCGGCCAUGCAGUUCUCCAUCGCCCCCUGGGACCUCAGCAAGGAGGCCGACCGCCUCUGCAAGGCCAUGCUCGAGACGUUCCCCAUAGACGACCAGUUUGCGAUAGGCGAUGACAUCGUGGUGGCUCCCGUGGUGGUCAAGGGGCAGAAGAAGCGCGACGUCUACCUCCCCAAAGGCACGUGGUGCGAGCUGCUGAACCCGUCCAACACGUUUGAAGGCCCCACCUGGCUGGAGGAUGUGGAAGCGCCUCUGCACAUCAUCCCCAUAUACUGCCGAGUCGUGCCGACCGACAUUGCGUCACCAAACCAGGAGGGCGGGCAGGAGGUGGCAGACCACGCAAGCGCAAUGGUGCCGGUGCCCGUCCGGAUAGAAGACGCAGCGCUGGUGAUUGCUGAUAGCGAGGCUCUUGCGGAGGGCUCAGCGACACAAACAGUGAAAUGCUGA